CCCCGCCCGUCUCUCUCCUCCUUCUCCUCGCCUGCCGCCUUUCCUGAAGUCCGCCCACAGCCAUGGCCGGUGUUGAUGAGCUCGAUGCCCUGAUGGGCAGUCUGGCCGAGCAGCUUGCCUCUCUGGACCUGGAAUUCGCCGACAUGCUCCCCGCCGACCCGACCCCUGCCGCGGCUCCGGCACCGGCCGCGGCGCCGGCCGAGUCCUCGUUGGCGACGCUGGCCGCGGCUGCGGCGCCGGGCGUGCGCGUGCUCUCGCGCGCCGAGACUGCGGCGGCGCGUGCCGCCGCCGGCGGCCUCCCCCCCUCGGCCACGCCUCCCCUCGAGCCCGAGGAGGACAUCGUCAUCGACAUCACCGGCAACAUGGAUGACAUCCUGUCCGGGCUGGACAAGAUUGUCGAUGACAUCGCCAAGGACCACGAUCCGGAGGCCCGGGCCAAGGUCCGCGACGCGGAGAUCGAGGCGGCCCUGGAGCGCAUGAAGGCCGCCAGCGUGCGGAAGUCCCACAUCCGUGUGUUCUAUCGCCGCCCGGCCGAGGGCGACGCCGCGGCCGCGCCCGCCCCCAGCAGCGGCGGGCUGCUGUCUUCCUUCCGCCGAGGCGCCUCGAGCGCCCUGCUCCAGACCGAAGGCGGCGAGUACAAGACCUGCACCCUGACCUCGGAGAUGUCCAUGGAGGAGGCCAUUCGCCACGCCUGCGAGCGUCACCUGCUGGAGUACACUCGCGGCGCGUAUGUCCUCUUUGAGGUGUGCGCCGAUUAUGGCAUCGAGCGCCCCCUCCGGCCCUUUGAGUGUGUUCUCAGCGUGAUGGACAGCUGGGAGCGGUACUCUUCGAAUUACAUUGCCCUGCGGCCGACGCCGAAGGGGGCCGGCCCGAUCACGGGCUACAUCCCGGAAUUCAGCAUGGUCAACGGGACCUUCCACUUUGAGACCGGCACCCAGGUGCCGGCCCUGCAUCCGUCGGACGGCCCGGACCCGACGCCGCUGCCGCCGAACUCCGGCACCGGCAAGUGGGCUCGCCGGUAUUUCGAGCUCCGCCAGGCCGGCCUGUACCACUUCUCGGACACGCGCCUCGCUGGCGAGACCUUCCUCUGUGACUGGACCGACUACGAGCUGUACCACUUCUCGGUUCGUCGCUCGAAGCAGCCGACCAACUUCGGGUUUGCGCUGCGCCACCGGUCGCGCCUGUCGCUCGGUGAUGCCUGGGCGCCGAUCCCCUCCAAGCCGCGGCCGGUGAACAGCAACAGCGCGGCCACCAAUGCCGACAUCGUGCCGCCGGCGUUGAUCUAUUUCAGCGCCGAUUCGCAGGAUGAGAUUGACCUCUGGGCCAAGACCAUGAAUGACGCGCACAACCGGCGCUUCGUGGUGGCCAACCCGGAUCGCGUGGACCAGCGUCUGCUGCGCAUGGAUGGCGAUCGCCGGGCCCUGCGCGAGCUGAAUGCCGCGCAGCUGGACGCCGAGGCCAAGCGUGCCCAGCGGGUGGCCAUUCGCGAGGCCACGGCCGCCGGCGCGUCCAAGGCCGACGCCGAGGCCGCCGGGCGCAAGGCCUUCGAGGAGGUCAUGCGUGGGGGUACCUCCGGGUUCAAGAAGCUCGUGGAGAAGGAGCAGGAGAUCCAGCAGCAGAAGCGCAAGGAGGAGGAAGAGUAUGCCAAUGAGAUUGCGGCUGCUCCGGCGGCCGUGGCGACCGGGUCCGAGUCGGGUCCUGGGGCCGUGCCGCCCAAGCCGCGGCCCAGCCAUCGCGAGUCCAUCUACACGGCGGUCGUGGCGGAGGAUGUGAGCUCCUUCGCCCCGGGGCCGAUGAAGGCCAGCGUGGCCACCAUCUCCACGGGGGACUUGCCGCCGAGCGAGCCGGGGGCCGUGACGACCCCUUCCACGCCGCCGGUGCCGCCGCCGAAGAAGCCGGCCAAGCCGGCCAAGCCCACCGGUCUGUCGACCGAGGCGCCGUCCGAUGUGAUGGCGGCCAUUCUGGCCCUGGCUGGCCCGGCGCCGGGUGAUGCGGCGCCGGGCCCGGGGCCAGGGAAGCCCGCUUCGCCGUUUGCGGCGGCGGUGUCAUCAUCGGCGGCCGGCGGGGAGAAGCCGGUGUCGGCCUUUGGCGGCGGGCCGGCCCCCCCGCCGAAGCCCUCGGUGCCGGCCAAGCCGGCCUACGCCACCGGGGGCUUUGUCCCGCCGCCGGUGAAGACCACCACCAUGCCGGGCGGGGGUGGGUCGCCGUUCACCUCGCCCCCCGGCUCGCCGGCCGGCUCGCCGCCGCCGGUGCCACCGAACAAGCCUUCCUCGCCGGUGUUCGCGUCGGCGCCAUCGACGGCGGUCAGCGAGCUGGCCGCGCCGCCGGUCAAGCCGCGUCCGGCCUUCGGCGGGGGCAGCGAGGCGGCGAUGGCUCCUCCGCCGAAGCCGCGUCCGGCCUUCGGUGGGGGCAGCGAGGCGGCGAUGGCUCCCCCGCCGAAGCCCAUGGCUCGGCCGCAGCCCCCACUGCCGGAGAAGCCCACUGCCGGCGGUGGGCCGAACUUCGGGCCGCGGGCGGGGUUCGCGCGGCCGCCGCCCCCGGCGGCUGCGGCCUCCUCGUCGUCGACGCCCGAGGCGGCCUCCGGCUCGUCGCAGGACUCCGGCCAUGAGAUUGACACCAGCAGCGGCGUGACCUCGGUGUCGGCGGCGGCCAGCAUGUUUGGUGCCUCGCUCAAGCCGCGUGGCCCGUCGCAGUUCCGGUGAAAGGCCCAGUUGCCUGGUGUGGGCGGGAAAAAGCACCGGGGCAAAGGGGGGGGGGGGGG